GCUAUCAUACGCGAGGAAUGAGAUUCUUCAAAGCGCGACUGCUUUGGGUAUCUAUCCAGUCGUCCAGUCUCACCUAACGAACUUUCGGCUCGUGAACAAUAAGGACGAGACAGAACAGAUUGCAGUACACAUCAGCGUUGCGAUCUGCGAAGUGGCUAAUAUUCCAAUCAAAUUUAUUCUUUUUUCAGAGAUAAAAUAGGAAACCCACAGCAAUAGACAGCAGAGCAGAGGGUUCCUCCCUCCCACGCCUCCAGUUCGGAUCACCCGCACCGAAAGCGAAGCAACCCACGGGAAAGCAGCAGAGCAUAGGGCAAGUUCAUGGACGCCGCCACGGCAGCGGCGGGGCACAGGAAGAAGGAGGACGCGAAGAAGCGGCCGGGACGAGGAGGAGGAGGAGGGGACCCGCGCGGGCGCGGGCCCGGCGUGUCCUCGGCGGCGGAGUGUGCGGCGGAGUGCUGCGUGCUCUGCGCGUGCCUCCCCGUGGCCGUGCUCUGCUGCGUGGCGCGCGCGCCGCUCCGGGCCGCGAGGGGGUGCUGCUGCCGGUGGAGGAGGCGGCCGCGGCGGCGGCUCGCGCCGGGGGGCUCGUCGUCGUUCUCCGACGCGGAGGUCGGGGAGUUCUUGCAGGGCGGACGCAGGCGGGCAACGGGGCAGGAGGAGAAUCAGCCCCCGGCGCGGUCGCGGUCGCCGCGGGGCGGGCGGACAGCCUUGCCGCCGGCGCCGGCGCGUCAACCGUCGCAUCGGGAUCGGAGGAGAUAGCGCCAAAGCAGGAUAUGCUGUUUCGAUCUGUUCGGCCUCUCCCCUCAUCCUAAUUCGCUCAAUCUCCUCUCUGUUGAGCUCAUCGAUUAUUAGAACGUGAUUUUUGGCGAAGCAGCCGCAACCCAAUGAUUGUAUCACAUCGAUCUUACAAGGCCAGGUGCCCAAGUGCAGAUUCCUUUGCCCUAUUUUUUUUCUCUGUACAUGUUCCCGAUCCUUCGAAGAGCUGCUGCAUUAUCACC